UGUGCAAUUCGCGCCACAAGUUAAUCAGUACGCAAAAAUAAUUACUCUUCGAUACACCAGAGAAAAUUGUGCAAGAAUAUCCGCGAAAAUUUUCAGAAAUUUCCAGGAUGAAGACUUUCUUGAAAAUUCUUAUUCUGUGCUCUAUUAAUAGCAUCUUAGUAGUGUCCGGAUUGCAAUGUUACGUGUGUGAUUCUACUGAUCUCAACUACGGAGAAUAUAAUUACUGUGAUACGCGAUAUUGCGAGGAGAAUGUGGGAUAUUUGGAGACUUGUGAGGACGUUGAAUUGACUGAUGAAAAUGUUAAUCAGGCGGAUUUAGUUUGCUAUCGUACAGUUUUCUUUCAUAAAGAUGAUGGCUAUGUGAUAAUGAGAGGUUGCAGUACGAAAAACAUUUGUUCAGUUCUACAACAGAAUGCGACGGCACUGGAUAAUGAUGCAAUAGCUAUUCCAACAGAAUGCCAAACAUGCAAUGAAGAUUUUUGCGAUCCACAACAAUCCAGUGAUGGAUGGUUCAAUGAUUGCCAUGUAGCAGAACAUCAAUAUAUUUCUUGUGAGGAACGCGAGCAUAACAAAUGUGGUAAAGAUCCAUGGUAUUGUAAUACAGAGUAUACAUCUGAAGACUGGUUUAAUUUUGAUGAGUGUAAUAAUCACACAGAAUGGUGAUUUUCAUUAAAAAAUAGGAUAGACCAUACGAUUUUUUUUUGAAUAAAAUAGUUUUCUUACAGUUGAGGAGCUCAGAGCAAAAAAAAACGCUAUUUUAAUAGGGAAAUGCAUACGACUUAAGAGUUUUUUUUGUUCCAAGCGCCUCAAUUCUUAGAAUAAAUAAUUUCCUUUAAUAUGGAAUAAAAUUCUUAAUUCUAUCAUUUACAUUUACAAAAAAAUACAUUGUGCCAUAUCUCGUCAGUACAAGUAGCAAAAGUUUUUAUUUCAUUAAAUUAUAAAGGAUUUAUAAUAAAAUAAGUUUUAUUAUUUUAUUUACACUUUUUCAAAAUAUUUUAGUUUUUAAUUAUAAAAAAUGCAUAAUUUUCAACUCCAUAUUUCUCUGCACUUUAGUAGUUAGAAUUUCAUUCAAGUUUAAUAAAAAAAAAACAAAAUCAUCAUUAAAGAAUAAGAAAAAAAAAACUUAUUACAAAAUUCAUAUUUUAAAUUUUAAAAAUAAUAAACGAGGUAGAAUAUAUUUUUAUGCAAUUAAUACGUUAUUAGGCAUUUACUGUUACAAAUUUUAACUAGUCAUUUAGCAUUUCUUUUGUAUUGAUCAUAACCUAUUUACUGAACAAUGAUUUAUAUUUCUGUUAGAAAGUUUAUUUAUUUAAAUAAAUUUCUUGAAUGAGCAAAAAAUAAUCAGUUUAAUUUAUCGAAAUGAAACCCUUUUCAUAAAAAGUAUACACGAUAAAUUUGUAAUAAUAAUUAUAGUAAUAGUAAAAGUAUCUUACAAGGUCCAAAAUGGACGCUAAUAAAGAAUUAUAUAGUAAAAGUAUUUUGAAAAACCUUUUGUGAUUUUCUUAUUUGUGAAGAAGAAAAAUAGUUAUAUUUUUCACAAGUUAAGCAAACAGUAUUUCAUUGUUAUUCUGAAUGUGCUAAAGACUAGGUUUAUCAAGACUUUGCUUUUUUAUUCGUCUAGAAUAAGAAGUAGUUUAAUAUUUUCAGUAUAUAAAAUAAUAAUCUUUGAAUAUAAAAGAAACAAAAAUCGGUCUGAAGUGAUCGGAUUUCACCUGUAACCACAAAAGCUGAGAAUGUAAAGAAUCUCGGCUAAUUACCACGAUUGUUUCUUAAGAUUUUUUAAAAAAAUAUACCCUGAAAAUUGUCAGAAGAUAAAAAUAGUCAGAAUACAAAAUAAAAGAUCAAAGAUUUAGGUUUUAACAAAAAAUAUUUAGAAAGAUAUUUACAGAAUAAAUUCUUUUUUGUAAUCUAUGAAAAACAUUUCUUUAAUGUGUUUUUCUCUGCAUGAAAAAAUACAUAUUGAAAUUUGUAAAAUUAAAAAUCUGCCAUUAUUAUAUCAAUAAAUAUUUUACUUUAACUAUAAAA